UAUCCCAACGCACUGUAAUCGCCCGCUAAAUACUGCGCAUGCGUAGUAGCUACCCAGCGAAGAUGGCGGCGAGUAAUGGUGGAGGGAUGGAAGUGGACGCGGCCGCGAGCCCCAGCGUGAUGGCGUCUGGUGUCACCGGCAGUGUGUCCGUGGCACUUCAUCCUCUCGUGAUCCUGAACAUCUCAGACCACUGGAUCAGACUACGAUCACAAGAGGGACGAGUAAUACAAGUGAUCGGCGCUUUGAUUGGGAAGCAGGAGGGCCGCAACAUCGAGGUGAUGAACUCGUUUGAGUUGCUGUUCCACACAGUGGAGGACCGAAUUCACAUUGACAAGGAGUAUUACUACACAAAGGAGGAGCAGUUCAAGCAGGUGUUUAAGGACAUGGAGUUCCUUGGCUGGUACACGACCGGUGGCCUUCCUGAUCAAUCAGAUAUCCACAUUCAUAAGCAGGUGUGUGAGAUCAUUGAGAGUCCGCUCUUCCUGAAGCUCAACCCAAUGACUAAACACACAGACUUGCCCGUGAGUGUGUACGAGUCCGUGAUCGAUAUCAUUAACGGAGAGGCGACCAUGUUGUUUGCAGAGCUACCAUACACUUUGGCGACAGAGGAGGCUGAGCGAAUCGGAGUGGAUCACGUAGCACGCAUGACGUCGACAGGAACGGGAGAGAAUUCCACAGUUGCUGAACACCUCAUAGCUCAGCACAGUGCCAUUAAGAUGCUGCACAGUCGAGUGAAACUGAUACUGGAGUAUGUGAAAGCAGUGGAGGCUGGUGAAGUUCCGUUUAACCACGAGAUCCUGCGGGAGGCGAACGCUCUGUGUCACCGGCUACCUGUACUGAGCACACUUAAGUUCAAGACCGACUUCUACGACCAAUGUAACGACGUGGGUCUGAUGGCGUAUCUCGGCACCAUCACUAAAACCUGCAACAGCAUGAAUCAGUUCAUCAACAAGUUCAACGUGCUGUACGACAGACAGGGGAUCGGCCGGCGCAUGAGGGGGCUCUUCUUCUAACACACACACACACACACACACACAUACACACAGGUUUCAUAUAGGGGAUUGUGUAAAGUUAUUUCUGUUCUGUUAUAUAUUAAUACAACCUGAACGCCACCACCAUCAACUCACACACUGAUGUAUUCUGCUCUAUAGUGUGUGUUCUGUUAAUAAAUGUGAUUCUGAUUUUUGAGAAA